AGCCGCUAAACGCGCACAACUGUAUGAGUGCGGCACAGCAAGGCUACCAGACAUCUUCGCCACUUCAGAAUCUUCACGAUGCAACGCACAUUAUAGCACGUACAAUCAUCGCGAAAUCUGCCCGAAGUACAGCUAUUUUACAUUUUUCAGUCCAUUUCCAUUCGCAUGGCCGGACCAAACCACCUCAAACAAACCGAGCUGUCGUCCACAGCCACGGUACUGAUAGAAGCAUUCGGCCAGUGGGUCAAUACCACGACAGACUGGCGCAAAGUACAGGAUGGCUUAUAUCUAUGCGCGGAUCCGAAGCUUGAAGGCCAGAUGGCCAUUCUGCGCAUGGAGCGGGUGUGUUGUAACUUGGAGAAUAACGCAUUUGACAAGGCUGACUCACCUACUGUGCUAGAUAAUACCCCACAACGCUCUGUCUGUCAGAAUCCUGAGGCUCACUUCGUCUGGAAAGGGCGCCACGCUAUUCACAAAGACGGGGUCGGUGAGCUGUAUACUGCCUCUCCGAGGCCCAUCUCCAACCAUCUCAGGACAUGUUGUGCCCAUAGGCUACGCAAUUACCUUCGAGGAGCCGGUCAUGCUAUAUCCACCGAUGGACGUUCUCACACACACUUUCCAAAACGAGGAGGAAUGGAUUGAGGAGAGGCAGGCUUUAGACCAAUCAGACAAAUGACGAGAUGGACUUUUCAAGCACUUCAAUUCUACCGUUCUCGGGCACAG